AUCAGUUCAGUGUUUGCGAAUUAGCGAUGCGACAAUAUAGUUUUAUCUUCGAUUGAACUUAUUGGUAAUACAUAAAUCAAGCGGAUCUGUAGAGUGCGGAUAAUAUUUGAAGAGGCGGAUUUUCUUCUUCAGUAUUUAAAAACGGUGUACAUAAACGAUUUCAUAUGAAAUAACAAUAAAUCGUAACUCUCAUAUGCGUGUACCUUUUUGGAUAUAAGCAUAGGGAAUAAGACUCCUUGGACAAGUGAGUUAAAAUAUGGCUAAUACGUUUGAAAAAGUGUUGAAUGUGAUAUCAAAGAAACCGGACCAGCGCCAGGACUUUGAGAUACAGGGACUCCUGCCUUGGCUGAGGAAGAAAUCCAAAAUAUUUUCUACUUUAAAAACAGACUAUCUUAAGGACAUCGUGCGUAAUUGCAGCCUGGGGAAGUUCAGAAAAGAUGACAUCAUCAUAAAACAGGGAGAGAUCGGAGACUGUUUCUAUAUCAUUUUGGCGGGAAAAAUCUCGAUCUAUAUCUUAAAUAAGGACAAAGAUGGCGGCUCGGGCGGUUCCGAUGAAAAGUCAGCGAUUUCCUCCAUUGGAACACUCAACAAAGACGGUGAACUUGACCGAUCAAAGCUGGGAAACUUUGUCACAAGUCUUGGUUCCGGUUUUCCAUUCGGCGAGGUGGCGCUUGUGUCUGACGAUGCAGUCCGGACAGCUACGAUUGUUGCCGAAGAAGAAACGGACCUACUCGUGGUAGAUCGGGCGCUUUACAACCGUGCAGUAAGAGAUGUUCUCGCGGAGGAAUUUGAAGAAAAACAAAAUUUCAUCCAAACAAAUAGCCUUUUCUCUUCUUGGAUACCAAAGUACAAGAAGCAGCUAACUAUGGCGAUGUAUAAAGAAACAUUUCCCUACGACUCGGUGCUUGUUAAACAAGGUGAUACCGUUGGGAAUAUAUACUUUAUCAUCAGUGGUCAAGUGGAGAUACGAUGCGAGACCUCUCAGCACGUGCAGCAAUAUCCAAAACUUUACAAACUACUCGAGGAUGAACGGGAAAAACUGAUUAAAGAGAAGAAACAGAAACGUCAACAAGAUGCAGUAGAAAAUCUUCCGCCGUCGCAGAAGAAGAAAGAAAGUAGUCCCAAACUGCUCAAAAUGUGUUAUCUUGGUAAAAAUGAGUCACUUGGUGAGAUUGAAGUUUUGAUGGACAUGGACACCUAUAUGACCACAGCGGUUUGUACGGAAAAAACGGAAGUCCUUGUCCUAGAGAUGAAGCAUUAUGAACGGUUGUUCGUGAAGAAGCACCAAAGAACAAUAGACACCAUGAGACGAAACUUAGAGAAGAAAUUAGCCACACGAACGUCUGUGUUGAAGGAAUAUGACGCCGUGCCUUUACUUAAAUUGUUACAAAUGAAAUUAAACUUGCUACAUAAUCCCCCACCCACACAGGAAGACAAUAUGAAAAAGAAACCGGAAACGUCUGUUCAGAUUGCGGAAAAGUUGUUUUUUAAUCACCAGGGUCCUUUGCUGGAUAUGGAAGGACCCGGGAGUGUGUUUUUCAUGAUAAGGGCCAGAGAGCGGUCAAAAUUAAGGCGUCAGGCACACCAACAAGAGCGGAAUAAUACCCGUAAGGGUCAGUCGAACGGUCAUGUUCAUUCGAUCAGACUCCCUCAGACUCUUCUCAUGGCUGCGAACAUGGCGGGCGCCACUGAUACCGGCGGCUCAUUCCAACAGGAAGUAGAACAUGAUGCAAGUGUGUCUUUUAGGACGCCAAGGGAACAUCACUUUGAAAUUGAUACUGUUGCACAACAAAAUGUUCCGAACGGUGUUCAUGAACAGUUGGAUACUGUGAAAGUUACAAAUGACGAAAAUGGAAGCAAUGUGGAGAAAACGCCUCCUUUCUCAGGUGCGCUGCCAGAAUCAAUGCCAAGAACAUUCAGACGUAUUCAAAGUGCAGUGAAAGAAAAUAUCAGUCGCUCAGAUGACACUGACCAUUUAGAAUUUGCCAACGAAAUUAAUAUCAAAACAUCGUCGACGUCUCGACCUGUCACAAGGUUUGAAAAGUAUAGGACAGAGACAAACCUUAAACAGCUGGAGUCGAAAGUAGCGGAAUGGCUCCGAAAGGAUAACCCAAAAACUGUUCCAAAUGUUUCCAAAUUGAGGCGGCUUCAAGUCGAGCUUAGAUAUGAUCCAAAGGUAAGUAAGAUACAAAUGGACUGGCUUCAGAGCAUAAUGUUAUAUAUUCUUCAAAGGGAGACAAAAACUCGCGAAAAUAUGUAACAAAUCAUCGUGCCAAAAAUGUAACAGUAAUAAUCCAGUUAUCUUGAAAAUACGGCGUUGAAAAUGGAAGAAAAAAAAAUAGAUAAAAUGGCCAUAUUUCAGUAUAUUUUAGUUUAAAGACAACCAGAUUUCAACACCGAUCUCACUUUAAAGUUUAUUAUUCUUCUUCUAGAAACAUUUCAUUUUCAUAUUUAGGAUGGUCACCAGUUUAGAACCACUUUUAAGAGAUAUGUUUAGAUUGUGUACAGUGUAUUAGAAUGUUACACGAGCAUGCUUAUUAACAUUUGUGAUUACGCACGUG